ACUAUGUAUGAAGGUGUCCUGAACGAAACAUACACUCAAGAAAUGUUGUCCUCGAAAUAUUAUUCCAACAUCACAGCAUCURUGAACAAUGAAUGGAUGAAGUCAAACGACGGCAAAACCGUUCAAGACUCUGUCAAGGAAUAUUUGAUAGAAUACUUGGGCAAGCCAGUUACURAGAUGUUAAGAUACAUCCAAGAAGACCAUUUACCUCACUGCGUCAACAGUUCAGUGUCAAGCGGUCUUGCUAGUCUACCUCUGAAGUUCGUGUACACUAAYRGAGUGAAGAAYACAUCAUGGCCAACAGACCCCACUCUACCAGGGACAGAUCAAAUACUWGAUGGCAAGAAGUCCUAUGCGCAAAUACUACCGUAUUUUACUACCAACGAAGCCACCCCGACUGAGGUACAUCAGCUGGGAUAUGACAUGCUAGCUAUUCUAUAUCCUCAGGCAGUUCARGUUGCAAAAGAAAUAACAAAUAUCACCGACAAUGCAACUGCCAUAAAAACAUUUCGCCAAAAACUCCAUUCUCAAGACAUGUAUUUCAAUAAAGAUCCUAUUCCAGCUAACGAAAUGGGUGAAGAGGCAUUUAAAAGAUGCAGCAAUMUARUAGAUGCCGAGAAGAACUGCCCAAAACGAUGGGAAGCCCUACAGAAAUGGUUUAAGGAAGCUAGAAUGGCUAUGAGUAUGUUGGCUCCAAAGAUUGUCAACAUGUUCUAUUACACCGGCAGCAAAGAUACCGCACCCAAUUGCCCAGUAGAAUUGAGACCAGAUCUUAAUCCUACYAGCGGUAUUCAAAGUUAUGGAAGAAGCACUAGAGACUGUAAGCUUCCUGCCUAYUACAACAUCCCAUUCUUCCUCAAAGACUUGGGUCCAAAAUUCUCAGAAUGGAGCGUAAAUGCUCACGAAUCGCGACCAGGACAUCACUUACAGAUUCAAGGAAACAUAGAGAACUUUCAGGACGACUGUGGUGGUUCUCUGGCCUGGCUUAAUGGUAAAGUAUAUUACACAGCGUUUGUCGAGGGGUGGGCGUUAUAUGCCGAGAACCCGUUGGUCGCUGAGGAUACGGACACCUAUGAAAAUGAUCCGAUGCAGAGAUAUGGCAUGUUGAAGUGGCAGGUAUGGAUAUACUCAAACAUUUAAUGUUGUUAAUGAGUGAAAUGAAAUUCUCGAGAUGACUGUCGCAAGAAUAUAACAUAACUAUACAUUAAUGGCAAAACAAUGAGCAGUUUCUAGUGGAAUUGGUCCGACAAUAUGAGGACUUG